UCCUGCAGGGAGAAGCACAGUUCUCCCGGGAGAAGAAAGAACGGAGGGUCCUGACGGCGAGAAGCAAAGAAGCCCCCAUCAUCAGCCAGAAUCCGACAUGGAGAGAAGCGGAGAUGAAAGGUACACUUACGAAGACUGCAAGCGGACGGCGGACUGGCUACUGUCCCACACCAAGCUCCGGCCCAGGGUCGCCAUCAUCUGCGGCUCGGGCCUCGGAGGGUUGGCUGACCUCUUGAAGGACCAGGUGGCGUUUGAGUACGGCAAAAUUCCCAACUUCCCCGAGAGCACAGUUGUUGGCCAUGCCGGAAGGUUGGUGUUUGGGAGCCUCAGUGGAACUCCAAGCGUGGUGAUGCAAGGCCGCUUCCACAUGUACGAAGGGUACCCGCUCUGGAAGGUGACCUUCCCAGUCCGGAUCUUCCGUCUGCUCGGUGUGGAGACCCUCAUUGUCACCAACGCGGCUGGGGGGCUCAACCCCGAAUACAAAGUGGGGGACAUCAUGGUGAUCCGUGACCACAUCAACAUGCCAGGCUUUGCUGGGCAGAACCCCCUGGUGGGGCCUAAUGACGACAGGUUUGGGGUACGUUUCCCAGCCAUGUCGGACGCCUACAACGAAGACUUGAGGAAACUGGCCCACACGGUCGCGUCGGAGAUGGGCUGCUCCGGAUUGGUGCGCGAGGGAGUCUAUUGCGCCUUGGGGGGUCCCAACUACGAGACCAUCGCUGAAUGCCGCUUCCUUCAGCGCCUGGGCGCUGACGCCGUGGGCAUGAGCACCGUUCCUGAGGUGAUCGUUGCCCGCCAUUCCGGCAUGCGCGUCUUCGGCUUCUCCCUCAUCACGAACAAGGCCGUCCUCGACUACGAGAGCACGGAGAAGGCCAACCACGCCGAAGUGCUAGAGGCCAGCCGCCAGAGCGCCCGCACCCUCGAAAAACUGGUCUCCCUGAUGGUGCAGCGCAUCGAGCGCAACAACAACUUGGCCUAGCGGGGUGCCCCUGCCAAUCUCUCGCCAGCAACGUCUUGUCAAGCGGGAGACCACACCCCGCUUGCUGUCUUGUGACGGAGAAUCGUGUGCGGACCAGGCUGCCCCCCUGAAAUAUUCUUCCUUUGUCGAAUCCUGCUGCUGAGUCCUCUACUGUCAAGACGGUAGUUGGAAAUGUCGUUCCGCUGCAGUACCUUGACCGUCUCUGGCUACCCAUCGAGCGCCUCCUGUUUGCGUUUCUGAUCUCUAGCCUCUGAGACGGUGCCGGUCCAUCUUUGUGUGUUUGCGUGCGAGUCUUUCUCUUGUCUCUCUCCUCGUAUUUCAGGAUUUUGUGUAUAGCUCUUAGGUUCCCCUCCUCGUAAUCCCUGCCAGGGCGGGAAUAAGGUUGCCAGUUCCGGUUGUCUUAGAUCUUACGGGCCUCUUACUAAUUCACCUCUUUCAUGGCACUUAGCUUUUUAAAGGUCGAACUACAGAGAGCGGGCUUCUGAAACCCUGAAAGCUUCCAUUUGGCCUUUCAAAAUGGCCGCUCUCUCGCCAGCAGGUUCCUCAGGUAGAACCCAGCUAAUACUGUGCUGCUCGCUUGAUUGUGAAGGCCAGGAUUUCAGUCCCUUGGAUGUCAGGAAGCUCACUUUGCCUUGAGGCAUCCUUUGUAGGAUGUCUGGUUGAACUCGAUGGGCCUUUGGCCUGAUCCAGCAGACUCUUCUUACGCUCUUUAAGUUUGCUAGAAAAUGGCGUCUUUGUCUCCCUCAGAGAUCAGUGCUUCCCCUCAGAUCAAACAAUGGCCAUUUCUCCUUCAAGGAUAUGUCUGUGUUUGUGUGUGUGUGUGUUCAUUUAGUCCCCUUGUUCGUCUGUUUGAGACAUCUUGUUAGAUUCUAUGCCUCUCCAUAACUGUCGCUUCUUCUCGGCUUCCUCCGGAAGAGCUUUAUGGAUGGAGAUGGUAAGGAACUUUUGUUCACUCAGAACACAUUAAGGGGCAACCAGCCUUGCUUUGUCCCCAACAUAUCGGCCCCAAAGGUGGCUAAUAUUUGGACUCUAAAUAUCCAAUGAAUUACUCAGAACUUGGGUACAUCUGUGCACAAUAAACCACUAAGGCCUCAAUCUCACAAAGAGCAGCAGAUUGGGGUAGCAAGCUUUUGUUUGGAUCCGUUUUUAAUGGCAGAUGCGCAGCUGACAUGACAAAAUGCCCCCCCCAUGAGUAAACAAUCCCUGCAUGUGGAAAGCUAGCUCAUCAUGGAGCUAGCUGGCCUAGAAUCCUGACCUGCUAGUUUUCUAUAUGCAACAAUAUUUUUUAUUAGUUUGCAUUCAGCGACGGAAGCCUGAAACAGCUUUGCCACCUCUACCCCUUUGUGACAAAGUACUCCCAAGGUCCUGCCGUCUCUGUGCCCAUCUUCAGCCUUUUUUAAACAAAAAUAUUAUUAAGUGAAGGGGGUUGGUUUUAUGUUGCCACCCCUCUAGGAACCAACAUGAUAUCUGCUUCUCUGUCAACUCUUUUUUUUUUUGGUGGGGGGGCCUCCAAAACCCAACAAGCUUUCCCAUCUGGAUUACCACUGGAAGUGGCCAGUGGUAGUAUGGGAAUGGAUGAUCGAUUUCCUGCCAAGACCCAUGGGAUUGACUCAUGGAUAUUUCCCCCAAAAGUCAUCAUUCUGCGGUGGAGAACGCGGUUGGACCAUUGCAACCCUGGUGCAAGCGAUGGGGUUCCGAGGCCACUCUCCGAACGUUGGACAUCUUGGCCUUUGAGACAAACCAGCUUCUAGAGGGUGACAAUGUGACACACACACACACACGUUCUUUUGGUGCUGGGAUCAAGGAUCCUCCUGUUCGCUGGAAGCCUCCAUGCUGAGGAAUCCGAGUACUUGUGAAUGUAUACUGUAGCCCCAUCGCAAGUCUGAAUUUGGCUGCAUUCAGAGCUUUGCUUGUGCCUUGCCACACAGAUUUGCGGCGCCUUGGUGUUGGAGAAGGCGAUCCCUUUAUCUCUCCCUUCAUGUUCCAGGCUGGAGUGCUCCCGUUUCGGGCCUGCUGUUUUUCACAUCUCCGUGACACCAGAGCAGUUUUUAAAUUGGAGCGGAUGACUAGAGGGCCUCAGAGUGGUUUGUGAGGGGUGUGUGUGAGCGAACCAACAAACAAAGGCUUGGUGCUAACACCACUGAGGGCAAAAUAAAUCACUUACUCUCCCCACCCCUGCCAAGACUUGCCCAGGGCCCUUUUGGCAAUAGCUUUACUGUCUUGGCGCAGUAGUGAACCCCCCUAGCUGCUGUUUCUGGUUUGAGAGAGAGUUGUUUCCGUAGCAGGCGCAUAGCUGCCAAGUUAUCCCUUUUUUAAAGGGAUUUCCCCUUAUGCUGAAUAGGCUUCCUCGCGAGAAAAGGGAAAACUUGGCAGCUAUGAGCAGGCGUCAAUUGCUUUCCUGUGUUGCUUGCACCAGCCUGGUGUGCUCCAGAUGUUUUGGACUACAACUCCCAUCAUCCCCGGCCAGCACCCAGGCUGAUGGGAUUUGUAGUUGGCAAAAGUUAACUUGCACGCCCGGUGUGGGGAAUCUGUGGGCCUUCAGAUGCUCUUGGACUACAACUCCCAUCAUCCCUGACCAUUCCAACUAGGGCUGUGGGGGGGGGGGAGGAGCUGGAGACUGACAACAUCUGGAGAGCCAUAGGUUCCCCAUAUGCCUGGCUUUGGUAGGCAUUACCCAACACCACAGAAUUUUCGCAGCAUGGAGCUUAAAACCUUUCAUCCAGUUUGGAUGACUUGCCGGGCCUCACUUUGUCCUGUCCAUUAUUUCCAGUGGGUCUACUCUGAGGAGGACUAACGCCAGAUCCCAACCCUCCCAUCUCACGUCAAAUUCCUGUUUUAAGGCCCAGAUGAAAAGUUGCCCACAGUCCUGCAGAGCAGAAGUCAGCACAGACGAGCUUUUUAUAUCUUGCAUCUCUGCAUGUGGGCUGCUUUAAAUGUUGGUUUCACUGGCCCUCUCCAAUCCUGGAUGGGCUUGAUUUCCACAUAAAGCGAUACAUGAACUCAGGUACAGCUGCUGUCCUGCUUUGCCGACUGCGCUCAAUACUUCCUCCCUGGUUUCUGCUUGAAAGGCCUCUUCCUCGUCUCUCUAUUUUUAAUUAUUUUAUUUUAUUAGCAAUAUCAGUCACGGACCAGAUAACUGCCCCCCUAAACCCUGUUGAUGCUUGAUGAGGCAAAGAGGAACUCUGGUAUGAAGGACACAAUGAUUUAUAUCCGUUCAGCGGCUCUGAAGGAUUGGAAAUGAUAUAUAAAUAUAUCUAUAUAUUUUUGUAGAGCAUUCUGCACUUUCUUUGUUUUAUUUAAAUGAAUGAAUGGGCCUCCCUGUUUUAAUUAUUAAAACGUGAGUAAAUAAUAAAAGCUGGAAUGAACAGA